GAAUAACCCGCAACAAAGCCGCUUAGUUGACAUUCAAUGAUAUUUUCCCUACUGAUUUUAUGUUAGUUUAAAUUUUAUUGGAUUGCAAUGUUCACAGGUGGCUUGUUAAAAUUUACACCACAUCGACAUGUUAUCUUCGAUUGAGUGUAUCAGAUCUGUGACUAGGAAUAUAAUUAAUUCAUUAUCAGAAAUAACAUUAUUUGAGCUGAUAUUAAUGUCAACUAUUGUGUAAUUUUUUGUUAUUUUUUGUAUAAAAACUGUUUUUAUAAAACUUUAUGAGCAUUUAUUCCAUAACCUAUUAAAAAAUCUGCAAAGAUUAUUUUAAACUAGAUGCUUUAUUUAAGUGUUAAAAUAAAUUUCCUUAUUGAUGCUUGAAAUAAUAUAAUGUUUGGAGUUCAAACUGAUAAUUAUGAAUACCAAAAGAUGAUAUUGUGUGUUAAACUUUAACGGAUGGUCACAAUUUCCAAUUUAUCAAAAUAACAAAUGUGAUGUAAUUGGAUGAAACUGUAAUCAGAGUUGAAACAUUGAAAAGUUUGGAGAUUUAAUCAUUUAACAGCAGCGAGAGAAAAAGAUGGGGAAACGGAAAAUGAGACUUUAUAUAAGUCGAAGGAAAAAAGGUGAGAGGAAGGUCCAACAGCGGGGAAACUUGACAGACAGGAUGAACAGUACAAUUCCAGAACUGAAAUGGAUUGAGUGUGCGUGCAGUCCUCAUGACCGAUGCAGUAAGCCGUACUGCAUGACACAAGUUGGGUGUUUCAAGGCGUUGAAGAUCCGAGAUGGCCGCGAGGAGGAGAUAUUGGGGUGUAACGGAGAGGAGGCACAUGACCAGUUUUUGUGUCAAACCCGCUACAAGCACCCGACAGCAGUGGAGUGCUGUAACAACUACACAAGAUGUAAUGAGGAUCUACAACCUACAUACAUACCUGAUCCAGCAAUACCUACUGAAGUGCACGCAGAACAAAUGAGCUGGGCGUUCGUCCUGUCUGUGGGCCUACCAAUCGUAGGCCUCGUAAUCGUGCUGGUGCUGAUAUUACUGCUGUGUAAUUAUCGACACAAGCGAAAAAUGAGGGAAUUGAGUAAGCAGGAACAGGCACUGUUGCAGAAUGGGGAAAUCAGGGCAGAGGCAGUUGGGGACAAUACACUUAGGGAGCUUUUUGAAGAAUCAUGUACUUCCGGCAGUGGGUCAGGUCUGCCCUUCCUGGUACAACAGACAGUGGCCAGACAGGUCCAUCUCGUAGAAUGUAUAGGAAAGGGUCGUUAUGGCGAGGUAUGGAAAGGAAAGUACCAUGGUGAAAGUGUAGCAGUGAAGAUCUUCCUGUCUCGAGACGAGUCCAGCUGGAGACGGGAAACAGAAAUCUACAACACCUGCCUCCUCAGACAUGAUAAUAUACUCGGGUAUUAUGCAAGUGACAUGACCUCGCGUAACUCUUGCACGCAGCUAUGGUUGAUAAUGCAGUACCAUGAGAACGGGUCUCUAUACGAUUACCUCCAAUAUAACACACUCGACCACGAGUCGAUGUUACGUCUCAUGCACAGCGCAUGUUCUGGCCUGGUUCAUCUGCACACAGAGAUUUUGGGAAAUAGAGGAAAGCCAGCGAUCGCCCACCGGGACAUCAAGUCUAAGAAUAUCCUGGUGAAGCGUGACGGCACAACGUGCAUCGCUGACCUGGGACUGGCUGUCCUACACAAGUGUGAAACCAACCUGCUUGAUCUGGGUUCGAAUAACAAGGUUGGAACUAAGAGAUAUAUGGCUCCAGAAUUACUCGAUGAAACGCUGAACCCAGAAAUGUUCGACAGCUUCAAAUGUGUGGAUAUCUACGCUUUCUCGUUGGUACUGUGGGAGAUUGCGCGACGAUGUUACACCCAGGGUAUAGUUGAGGAAUAUAAGCCGCCAUUCUGGGAUGCCGUGCCAUCAGACCCAUCGUUUGAGGAUAUGAGAAAGGUGGUUGUCGUGGACCAGAACCGGCCAGUAAUACCCAAUAGAUGGGCAUCAGAUUGUAUUCUGUUGCCGAUGUCUCGAGUGCUUCGUGAGUGUUGGAAUCAGAAUCCGAAAGCGCGCCUCACAGUGUUACGACUGAAAAAGACAUUGCGGAAACUCUGGGAGGAGGCACAAGAUGAAAAGUAUAUGGACAAGAGUGGGCUGCGCGAAAAAAUCAUGGCCAAUAAGAUCAUUGAGAAAAUUGUUGAUGUGUGAAAAUUGACAUUGAGUUCAGGUGUGAAUAUUGUUCCAUUAUAUAAGUGUGAAAAAGCGUUAAAACACAUGUACAAAUAAGAGAGGGUUGUGUUGAAAAAACGUGUUACAUCAGAUCAUUGAGAAAAUAGUUGAUGUGUGAAAACUCACACUGAGUUCAGGUGUGAAAAUUGUUACACAAUAUAAGCAUGGAAAAAGUGUCAAAACACAUGUAAUUGUGGGCUAAGCGGGAAAGUAUUGAGUGUGGUCAAUAUUUUUAUCAUGAAAGUCAUUGAUGUGCUAAAACUGACGCAAAUAACCUUACAUUAUAAAGGUGUGAAAAUUGUUGCACUUAAAAGUGUGAAAAAACACGCAUUUUCAUGAAGGUUGGGUUAAGUGAGAUUAUCAUGGCCUCCAAGAUCAUCAUGAAUAGUGUUGAUGUGUGGAAAUUGAAACACUGUCUCUAAAUGUGUGCAAAAUACACGAACAAGUGCAAGUUACGCAGGCAAGAUCGUAAAGAAUAUCAUUGAUGUGUGAUAAUUGACAAGUGUUUAUGCAAAUGUGUGAAAAACUUUCUACAUUGAAAGUGUGAAAAGAGUAAAUAUUCCAGUAUAUGAAGAGGGUAAAACUUGUUUCUCUCUAAGUGUGAAACGUGUCAAUGUGGGAAUGUGUUAAAACACAAUUGUUUGAAAAGACAUUCCUGUUAUUUUCACGACCGAUGUAUCUAAAACAAGGCACCAGAUGUUCUGACAUGCUCUAGUGCUCUUUGAGGAAAGAAUCAGGGAUAAUGUGUUGGCAGUCUCAAUACACGCAAUGGAAUAAAUACCAUUAUGUGUAAAUGUGUAACACAUAAGUGUGUACAAAGUAUACAUUGUUUUGCAUAUUUUUCCAUUUUGUUUUCUGCCAUAGUCAUGAACAAAACCUGUAUACAUGACAUAAAUUAUUGAUGUGUGUAAAUAUCUGAAACAUGUAUUUAGGUAUACAUUGUUUUACAUCUUAUUUCAUUUUGUUUUCUGCCAUAGUCAUGAACAAAACGUGUUACAUGACAUAAGUUAUUGAUUUUAUAAAUAUUUGAAAAUGUAUUAAGAUAUGUCAUGGUUUCGCAUCUUUUUAAAAAAAAAAACUUCUGCCAUAAUCAUCAAUAAAACCUGUUUUCAUGACAUAAAUCAUUGAUUGUGUAAAUAUUUAAAACAUAUAUUAAGGACCACAUGGUUAUUCAUCAACAAAACCUGUAUACAUGAAGUAAAUUAUUGAUGAUGUAUAUAUUUGAAACAUAUUUUAUGGACUUAGCAUGUAUGCAAUGAUUUCAAGAGAAGGCUAAUCAAUACAAUGUUAUAUCAUAUUUGGAGAAGUCCUUCCAUAUAUGUUUCAGCUAAACAUUACAGAAAAAAUUGAAGGGUAUGUUUGGAUUAGCUUUUUAAAGUUUUUUUCACUUAAACUUAAAGUUUAAAUAAUAUGACAAAUAGCCUUCAUAAUAAGGCCUUAAAAACAAUAACAUUAGGUUCGCAUUACCCGAUCCUAUCUACGAAAAAACACUGACACUGAAUCAAUUGAAAUCAAAUAUUUUUCUUAGUUUGUGUGCUCUUAAUAUAAAGCUUUACACAGGAGAUUACUUUAACCAAUUCUCCAAUCAUUACAAAAAUGUUCUUACAUAAAGCGUAAGGAAAAAAUAGAAAAGCCUAGCUUCCCUACCCGUUUUUGAAAAAGAUUUUACCCUAACCAAACAAUUUUUUUUUUGGCCUAACAAUAUUGUUGCUUACACUUACACUUAGUCUCUUACAAUCAGGGAGGAUUAAGGUUUGAAAGGAUUAACAUGUUCUUUAAUCAACAAACCACCCUACACAUCAAAUGAUAAUAGAUGUAAUAUACUUGUUCUCUUGUGUUAUAUGUUUAAUGUAGUAUUAUUUUAAAAUUAUGUUAUAGAUCUGAUUUUUUCUGUCAUAAUACAUGUAAGAUAAUUUUUUUAAUCAUUUCAGUUUUAUGUAUUUUAUAAAUUUUGCAAAUUUGUUUUAUGUUGAUAUUGAAAAAAUAAAUGUCUGAAAG